CCAAGAUUGACAAGGAGAGAAUAUAGCUCUCGUGCUGCAUUAUCUGUCUGGCAUGGUGAUGGGCUACAUACAUUCAUUGACUAUGGUAUCAUUAUCUUUGGGUGGGUGGAUGGACAUUCCCACGCAGUAAUGAAUAUGGAAGCAAAAACUAACAAUAGAGCAAGCACAGCGCUCGAGGUGUUCUUGACUGCAGUCAGUUACUAUGGCUGUCCUUCUAGAGUCAGAACCGACCACGGAGGAGAGAAUAUAGAAGUGGGGCGAUUCAUGAUCGAAGUUAGAGGACCAAAUAGAGGGAGUUUUUUGACGGGGAAAUCUACCAGAAACACUCGUAUCGAAAGGAUGUUGGUUGAUGUGAAAAAGGAUGCCACUCAUCCUGUUAAGUUACUCUUUCAGGAACUUCAGAGCUCUGGUUUGUUGGACGUAGGCGAUGAAACAGACAUUUAUUGUCUCCAAGUCGUCUUUAUUCCUCUGCUGCAGGUCAUUUUAAAUGAGAUGAUGGUGGCUUGGAAUUGCCAUUCAAUGCGAACAGCAAAAGGGACUUCCCCCAAUAAGCAAUUUCUCCAAAGUCUCUUUAAAUUACAGCAGCAAGGAAGAGAAUUUACGGAACUCAAACAGGACAUUGAAAUGCCCAUUGGUUUUGUCGUGGAAGACGUUCUAAGGGAAAACCAAGUUCAUGUUCCAGAGAUUGACAUUCCGGAAUUGAGUGAUGCACAGAGGGAAAGGAUUUAUAGGCGUUAUAGUGUGCCUAGUGACAGCACAUCAAAUCGUCUUGAAAUAGCAAGGACAAAUUACUUGCGUGCUCGCCGAUUCAUUCGUUUUUGUUUGGCUGCUGAGGGAAAUUGA